AUGCCGCACUCCGUCUCCAAUGCGUCUACCGGGCUGCAAGCUCUGAUCCUUUGCGGCCCGGGAUCGUCAUUCCCGACAUUCACCUCGAAUCCGGAUGAGAAUCCCAAGGCGCUACUACCGAUUGCCAACAGGCCGAUGGUCUGGUACCCUAUCGACCUCUGCUAUCGCACUGGCGUUUCAAAAAUCACACUGGUUUGCCCCCCAUCGGCAGCCAAAGCCAUGAAGGCUGCUAUGGGCACAAACCCCCAUCUCACCGGACUACCAAUGCCUAGACCUGAAAUCGUCUGUCCAGCAGAUCUCACACAGACGACAGGCACUGCGGAAAUUCUUCGCCUGCCCGAGAUCUACAACCACAUCACCGGCGACUUCAUCGUGCUCCCGUGCGAUCUCGUCUGCGAGUUCGGCGCCGAACAGCUCUUGCAAGCGUGGAUGGUUAAGGCAGCUAGCGCCACUGAUCUCCUCGGUGCCAAGGACUUCUCAAAUGGCAGCCAUAGCCGUCCUAGCGGUGGCAUCGGCGUCUGGUACGAGACUAAGAACAACGUCACGGUCAAGGGCGAAGAAACAGACUUUGUUGCGACCACUGCGCUACCACAAUCUGCUACCAUGCCCCCAAAAGGAUCCAUCCUGGCCAACGUUUCCCGUGUCGUCUGUACCAUGCCCACUGAUGCGCUCAAGGAUCGGAUGGAGGAACGCAAAGGGCUUGACCUCCGGUAUGGCCUGCUGAGAGCCAACCCUCGCACCCGCAUGCUCACAACUCACCGUGAUGCGCACAUCUACAUCUUCCCUCGUUGGAUUCUGGACUUCAUCCAAGCAAACGACAGAUUCGAGAGCAUCGGUGAAGAUGUUGUCGGCUGGUGGGCCAAGGCCAGCUGGCAAGAGGGACUGGCCGAGAAGCUUAAGAUCAUGGGGUCUUGCAAGGGAGACGCCGCAGAGCAUGCCGAAUUUAAUCCUGAUAGCGAUGCGGGCGCUUCUGAUCAGAAUUCGUCGACAGCUGGCGACGAAUCCUCGAGAGCAACGCGCAACUCUUCAGAGCCUAUGCCCCCGAUGAUCGCCUACCUCCACUCCAACAAGACCCAAGAAGCCGGUUCCAUCAUCCGCCGUGUCGACACGGCGCAACUCCUGCUUGCAAUUUCUCUGCAGCUGGCCAAGCUGCCGUCGCUGGAGGAGGCGGACCCCGAUGCCGCGUCCCCGUUCGCGCACCCGCGCAAGGUUGCCUACCCCGAGGGCGUGAAGCCCCGGACGACCAUCACUAAGGCCGACAGCCUCAUCGCUGAGAACGUGACCGUCGAGGAGAAGACGUCCAUGAAGGAGUGUGUGAUUGGCGCCGGCUGCCAGAUCCAGGAGGGCGCCAAGCUAUCGCAAUGCCUGUUGAUGGACGGCGUCGUAGUCGGAAAGGGGUGCAAGCUGACUAAGUGCAUCCUGGGCAAGCGGAGCGUGAUUGGUGACGGUUGCAUCCUCACGGACUGCGAGGUUCAAGAAAACCUGCUCGUCGAGCCGAGAACCGAGGACAAGGACAAUAGACUCAUGAGCUCGGAAGGACUGGAGGCCACGGAGGCCGAGAUGCAGGAGGUACUGGGCCACGCGGACGAUGACAUGGACACUAUAUAA